AUGGACGAUUCCUGGAAAUUCAGCCAAUGUUUUGGCGAUAAAGGUGACAUUGAGAACAUUACCGAGGCGGAUAUCAUUUCUACAGUCGAAUUCGAUCAUACCGGCGAUUUCCUAGCUACAGGCGACCGUGGAGGACGAGUUGUGUUAUUUGAAAGGAAUGAGAACAAGAAAACCUGUGAGUAUAGAUUCUACACGGAGUUCCAGUCUCACGAUGCCGAGUUUGAUUACCUCAAGUCGUUGGAGAUCGAGGAGAAAAUCAACAAGAUCAAAUGGCUCAAACGCUCCAACCAAUCCAAUUUCUUGCUUUCUACCAAUGAUAAAACGAUAAAGCUGUGGAAGGUGUUUGAGAAGCAGAUAAAGAUGGUCUCGGAAAAUAACCUUAGCGAGAAAUCGGUUUCCUCUCCAAAAAUGCACUCACAGUAUUCCUCGUUCCACAUAAAUACAAAUCUUACCCAACCCUAUCCCAUGCUUUCGUCUGCGGCAAACCUCAAGCUUCCAAAAUUAACAAUGCACGAUACCAUCACAGCAGCUCAACCAAAGAAAAUAUAUGCAAACGCUCAUGCCUACCACGUAAACUCAAUUAGUGUUAACUCUGAUCAAGAAACAUUCAUUUCUUCCGAUGAUCUCAGAAUCAAUUUAUGGAAUUUGGGAAUAGCCGAUCAAUCUUUCAACAUUGUGGACAUCAAACCGGUAAAUAUGGAGGAGCUCACGGAAGUGAUUACGAGCGCUGAAUUCCACCCUACAGAUUGCAACUUGUUCAUGUACUCCUCCUCGAAGGGAACUAUCAAGUUGAACGAUAUGCGUGUCAACUCGCUGUGCGACAACCACGCGCGUGUAUUUGAGGAAUACAUGGAUCCUUCCAACCACAACUUUUUCACAGAAAUUACAUCCUCUAUAUCAGAUGUCAAAUUCAGCUCGAAUGGCAGAUACAUUGUGUCGAGGGAUUAUAUGACAGUAAAGAUAUGGGACAUAGCGAUGGAAUCGGAACCAAUCAAGACAAUCAGCAUUCACGAGCAGCUCCGGGAUCGGUUGUGUGACACAUAUGAGAAUGACGCGAUCUUUGAUAAAUUUGAGGUGCAAUUUAGCGGAGACAAUAAAUCCAUUAUGACCGGUUCAUACAACAAUAAUUUCAUGAUCUACCAGAACGUGGUGGGCAACUCAGGUCCAGAAAAGGAAAUUGUACUUCAAGCGGACAAGUCAGCAUUCAAAGCAAAGAAAAUGAAUUCGAACAAGCGGAAGAAUCUAACAAUGAUGAAUAAGAUGGAUUUCGACACCAUCGAUUUCAAAAAAUCAAUUCUACAUUUGAGCUGGCAUCCCAACGAGAACUCGGUCGCCAUUGCCGCCACAAAUAAUCUAUACAUCUUCUCUGCUCUUUAA